AUGGCUUGUUUAGGAGAUUUUACAAAUCAGUUACAGACUUUAAAGAAUCGUGUUUUAACACAGAAGGAGAACAAACACUCCGGCAGUGAUGAUGAACAUCAUAGGGGGUCGGGGGGGAUCCCUCUCUCCAGGAAGCUGUGUUAUGCUGUGGGUGGGGUCCCACAUCAGAUUACUGCUGUAGCCAUAGGAGUUUCCCUGCAGAUUUUCCUCCUGGAUGUUGUGCAGAUGGAGGCCUACUAUGUGUCCCUGAUUCUGUUUAUGAGUCGGGCCUGGGACGCAGUGACGGACCCUCUGGUUGGAUAUCUGGUGAGCCGCAGCAAACGCACACCCAUCGGCAAACUCAUCCCAUGGCUGCUGCUCUCCUCUCCGCUCGCUGUCCUGUCCUAUCUGCUGCUGUGGUUCGAGCCAGGGGGCGCCGUGUCCCAGCCGCUCAGCGUCCUGUGGUUCCUCACAGUGACCUGCCUGUUCGAGACCCUCAUGAGUUGCUACAACUUCCCGUACCUCUCGCUCAACAUGUUCCUGGGGGGAGAUCAGAAGGACAGGGACUCGGCCACGGCCUACAGGAUGAGCGUGGAGAUGGUGGCGAUGCUGCUGGCCUCUGUGAUUCAGGGUCAGGUUGUGGCCGUGUACAACACAGAGAAGCAGGAGGCCUGUCAGCAGCUGGAUGAGGCCCACAAGACGCCUCCGAGUUCAGCCACGCCACCGACUGCAUCGCUGCAGGGAACGCGGAAGGCCUUCCUGACCUCAGGUCUGGUCGUCGGUGCUUUGUUCUUCCUCUGCAGCCUGGUUCUCGUCUUCGGGGUGAAGGAGCAGCCGGCUCCUGUCGGCUCUGAUGACAAAGCUCGACCUUCCUAUCUCACCUCGCUGAAGAUGCUGAUACGUCACAUUCCUUACCAGCGGCUGGUGCUUGGAUUCGUGUUCAGUGCUCUUGCAUUUCAGAUGUCGUGGAGUAAUUUUGCACUGUUCUGCAGCCAUGCAGCCGGACUGGGAGCCCAGUUCCCCUACCUCCUUCUGGCUUUACUGACCUCUGCCUCAGUAGCAGUUCCUCUGUGGCAAGCCGUUCUUCUGAGAGUCGGAAAAAAGACCACACUCUUCAUCGGACUGUCGUUCUUCAUCCCAGCAGUGACCAUCAUCGCCUGUGCUCCCAGUAGCCUGCCUCUCUUUGUGAUUAUGUGUAUUCUGAUGGGAUUGAGCGUGGCGACUGUGUUCCUGCUGCCGUGGUCGAUGCUCCCAGAUGUGCUGGACGACUUCGCCGUGAAACACCCGACCUGUUCGGACCUGGAGCCUCUGUUCUUCUCCUGUUACGCCUUCUGCAGUAAGCUGGCUGGAGGCCUGUCGGUUGGGAUCUCAACCCUGGUCUUACAGUUUGUUGGCUACAGAGCGGGUGCGUGUGACCAUGGUGAGGGAGUGGUGACGGCUCUGAUGGUUUUGUUCGCACCAGUUCCCAUCGCACUCCUGCUGAUAGCGAUGGUCUUCUUCUGCUCCUACCCGAUCGAUGAGAGGCGGCUCCAGACCGCGGACCUCCAGCCAGAAGCUACAUCAUCAUCAGACGCAAGAGAAAACACGGAGCAGCUUCAUCCUAGUGUGAUACCAACAUCACAAAACAACACAAAGUCCGACACAUCGCACAAGUCAAACUCCUCACCUUGCUGUUACAGUCAGGAUGGAUCCUAUUUAGUGAAGUUGUGUGCACCUUCAGACGUACUGAGUCCUCCUGCAGAAAACAACAGGCGUAAAUCUGUUGUCCAGUCGAAAGAACAUCAUCAGCAUCAUAAACAGAAACUCAGCAAUCAAAAGAAUUCAGGUAAAACGAGGAGGAGCCGAAAUAUCCCUGAGAAUGACUCUGAGUCUUUUUCUAGCAGAACAAAUGUGAAAUCCAAAGUGUUGUGGGUUUAAUGUAGCUGCUUUCAAGAUUCCAGAGUGGGUGAAAUAGAGUUUGGUCCAAUUUAACGUCAAUAUAAAGCAUUAGUAACCAGAUGUGUUGUUAAAGAUAAGUUGUUGUGUUUUGCAAAUCACUCUGUUGUUUGAAUUGUUUUGUUGAUUUCAAUUCAAAGAUUUGUAAUCAUUGAUUUAUUGGCUCAUACAUGACUCCAUGUGAAAAUGUUGCUCUGUAACAGCUGGAUACACUGAUUAUAAUAUAA